AUGGCUUUGCCGUGGUCUCUCGUCCUGGUCCUCCUGUGCAUCUUACAUCUCCAUUCAACACCAGAUGCACGACGACUGAAUGAUAAGGACGAAGCCCAUGCAGAAAGUCAGCUCUUUUCCCUGAAGGCCGGCAGCGGCGGCGGCGGCGGUAGAGGGUUUGGGAUCGGCAUAAGCCAUAACGGGUCGGGAACAGACGUGGCGAUUGGCGCCGGAGUGGGCGGCGGCGUCGGUACCACUCAUGGUGGUGGAGCUAGCGCCGGGGGUGGUGCCGGCGUCGGAGCCGGGAUCCACGUCGGAAAAGGUGGGGUGGACGUCGCGAUAGGGGUCGGCGGAGCUGGUGCGGUGAGUGCUCGCAAUGGUAGUGUCCAUGCCGGUGGUGGUGGAGGAGCCGGGGUUGGUAUCAGCGUUGAACAUGGGCACGUCAGCGUGAGCGGCGGAGGUGGACUCGGAGGCGGUGGGGGGAGCGGCGGCAGCGGCGGUGGAGCAUCGGGAGGUGGAAGCGGAGUCGGGAGCGCCGGAGGGGUGGUGGCACGCGGUGGAGGGUACGCAAGUGCCGGCGGUAGCGGCGGAGGGGGUGGAGGAGGCGGAGAUGGGUCAUCAGGUGGGGCUGAGGGAGGUGGUAGCGGCGGCGGCGGCGGUCGAGGUUGA